GAUAAAGAGAUAAAACACACUGGACAGCCAAAAUUGACAAUGGCGUCUUCUUUUCAUAAAGGUUUUACAAGAGCACAGACUAUCUUCUUUGUUAUGCUGUAUGUCUUUACCUCUAUAAGACAACAAGAGACAAUCACAGUUGCUACUCUGUCUGACCCCUGCUACAACUACACUGUGCUGGACGAUCCAUGGAGAUCCACCAAUAAUACAAAUGAUUCAGACAUGUGUGACCAGUCAGUCUCCUGGAGCGGCUGGUAUCGUCUCUUCAUCAACGGUCUUAGCGCUCACAUCCCAGACACAUGUGUUGCUGAGUACAGCUGUGGCACUGCUGCCCCACUGUGGAUUCGUGGUGGACACCCAACAGUUCAAGAUGGAGUCGUCACUCGAGAUGUCUGCUGUCACUGGAACAAUUACUGCUGCUAUUACGGGUCUUACCCCAUUAAAGUCAAAGCCUGUCCAGGCAACUAUUAUGUCUAUGAGCUGGUUAGUCCAGGUGGAUGCAAUCUUGCAUACUGUGCAGAUGUUAGCAGCUUUAACAGCAGCUCUACAACCAUCCCACCAGAAACCAUCUCAACUGCUUAUCCCACUGUUGACCCCUGCUACAACUACACUGUGCUGGACGAUCCAUGGAGAGCCAACGGCAGUCAGCUAUCAAACUCCUACAAGUGUGACACCUCAGUCUCCUGGAGCGGCUGGUAUCGUUUCGUCAUCAACGGUCUGAGCGCUCAGAUCCCAGACACAUGUGUCGCUCUGUACAGCUGUGGCACUCAUAUCCCACUGUGGAUUCGUGAUGGACACCCAACAGUUCAAGAUGGAGUCGUCACUCGAGGUGUCUGUGGUCACUAUAACAAUACCUGCUGCCAUUUCAGCUCUAACCCCAUUAAAGUCAAAGCCUGUCCUGGCAACUAUUUUGUCUAUGAGCUGGUUAGUCCAACUCUCUGUGAUUCAGCAUACUGUGCAGCUCACACAACAGUCGCUCCAGAGACUGGUAUAAAUAUAACGCUGCAGGAAGGAUGCACUGAACAGACUACUCUAGAAUGUCUUCAAAAUCUCUUUGAGCAGAUCGAGAACAUCACAGUUCAAGAGCUUCCUGUGAAUACUGUGAUGGACAUUUUGAAUAUGGUCUUCAACACUUCAGAGAAGAUUUUAGAGUCAUUAUCUUCAGCAAGCCCAGCUGAACUAGCCUCCUAUGGAAACCGUGUGUUACAAACCAGUGAGAAACUCAUCUCUACAUUAGUGAAGCCGACAGACACAAAUGACAGUGUCAGUUUUACUCUCGCUGCUCUAGAGGUAGAAGUCUUCAUGGUUGGACCACAUGUCACCUUAAAGAAAAUCCCUCGACUUGAAACAACAAAUUCCUCUGUGGACAUCGAUCUCAUUGGAAUCGCCAAGAACAACAAUUUAACAAGAUCAGCUGCCGUGGGUUUCAUGAGCUACGUCACGAUGGAGAAUCUACUGAAGCCAGAUUUCUUCAAUACUUCAAAUGACACGAUUAAAACCAUGAUGUCCACUGUGAUCUCAGUUAUUCUUCCCAAAACCACCAACACUAAACUCACCAAACCAGUCAACUUCACCUUCAGACACAUCAGAGAGUUUGAUCCCAAUGGUUCUCUGUCCUGUGUGUACUGGAAUAUCAGCGAGUGGAUUGUAGAUGGAUGUUCUGUUUUAGAGACCAACAGCAGCUACACUGUGUGUUCCUGUGAUCAUCUGUCCACAUUGGCUCUCAUCAUGCAAACCAGCCACCAACCAGAGAAUGACUCUCAGCUGGAUCUGUUGAAUUUGGUGUGUGUGAUCGUGGGGCUGGUGUUCUUCACUUUAGCCCUGUUGACCUUUGCCCUUUGUCAGUGGAGCCCUGGAGUGAAUAACGUGGCUCGAAUCAACAUCUGCAUCAGUCUUCUGCUGGCUCACCUUCUGCUCCUGCUCACACAGCAGUUCCUGAAUCGCAUACGGCCGCAGCAGGUGCUGUGUGCUGUGAUCUCAGGCCUUCUGCACUUCCUCUUUCUCUCUGGCUUUGUGUGGAUGUUCAUUGAAGCUGUGCUGCUCUUCAUCUGUGUGAAGAACCUAUCACAGAUCAGCUCCAAGAAGAGGGAGGUGCUUAGCAGUGGAUUCCUGUGUGUGAUUGGAUAUGUGGUUCCUCUGGUUGUGGUGUGUGUGUCUGUCGGUCUGGUUCCUGAAGGCUACGGCAGCGAACACUGCUGGAUUAAAACAGACAAAGGCUUCAUCUGGAGUUUUCUGGGACCUGUUUGCAUCAUACUUGCAUUAAACGUGAUACUCUUUAUCUGCAUCAUCAUCUGUCUGAACUUAUCUCUCACAAAACUGAACGCUGAUGUUUCGCAGUUGAAAAAAAACAAGACAAUGGCAUGUAAAACUCUGGGUCAGUGUGUGGUUCUUGGUUGCCCCUGGAUUCUGGGUGUCUUCACUAAUAACAGUAAAGUGUUGGAGGUCAUCUUCGUGAUCUUGAACUCCCAGCAGGGAACCUUCAUCUUCCUGAUCUACUGUGUCCUCAAUAAUGAGGUCAGACAGCAGUACAGGAAGUUCUUCAGACGGCUUUUCUGUGGACACAAAAAACACUGAGAACUACAGCAUUGUGUUCAGGAAAUGAGUGAAGUGCCAUUAUUAUAAAAGUGAUUCAUCAUUAUUCAGAUGUUAUUUUAGUCUCAAAUAUAAAUUUCACUACUUUUUUUUUUCUUUUUCAUUUUACAAGUGUCAAUUCUCUGAUAUUAACCUAUAAAAUGAUCCAUACUUAAUGUUUUGGUGAAAGGUCUGUUAUUAUUGUUUUA